AUGGGAUCUGGUCAGGAUGAAGAGCCUAUUCCUUCAGCCUCCGACACUCAACCUCAAAUGCCAUGGAUACGCCUUGGAGACUUCGACCCAGCUACCACCUUGACACCUCCACCGGCUUCUUUUCCAGAGCAUAGCACGGCAGAGCAACGGGCCGCUCUAAGAUUCAAGGUGAGCGGAAAUGCAGUGUUAACUGGUGGAGCGGGGAUGCUCGCUCUAGCCUCUGCCCGAGCUCUUCUUGAGCAUGGAUUAUCUGGUAUCGCCCUCCUUGAUCUUCCCUCAGCCCUGGAGAAGGGCGAAACCGAGAUCAAUCUUCUUCGAAAGGACUUUCCGACCUCGAAGAUAAUAACCCACACGUGCGAUGUUACAGACGAAGCAGGCAUGCAGGCGGCCGUUGACAGAGCCCACGAACAGCUAGGAGACCUCAGCAUCCUCUGCUGCUUCGCGGGAAUGGUCAACUGCGUCGCAGCCGCAGACCUAGCUACCGAGCAGUGGCGCCGAGUCAUCGAUGUGAACACAACGGGCUCCUGGAUCGCCGCACAAGCUGUAGGAAAACAUAUGAUCUCCAGCGGACGCGGGGGCAAAAUUGUCCUCAUCUCUUCCAUCAGCGGUCACCGGGUGAACUUCCCCCAGCCCCAGAUUGCAUACAACGUCUCCAAGGCCGCGGUGCUACAUCUACGGAGCAGCCUCGCGGCGGAGUGGACUCGCUAUGGGAUUCGGGUGAAUUCCAUCUCCCCGGGAUACAUGGAUACGGUUCUCAACGAAGGCAAGGCGCUUGCGCCGUGGCGACAGAUAUGGGCGGAUCGGAAUCCCAUGCGAAGGAUGGGGUCUCCGCUGGAGCUGACGGGGCCGGUGGUUUUUCUCUGCAGCGAUACUGGGGGGAGCUAUGUGAAUGGGGCUGAUAUUGUUGUUGAUGGGGGUGGGUUGGUGUUUUGA